UUUCGCCCCGGCUCCUGCUGACGCUACCACGAGGUGGCUGCCCGCCUGUGAAACUGUCAUAUCAUUCGCGAGCUGCUUUUCCAGACAGAGGAAACGACGCGAUAAUAUAAUUGCCCGGCCGCGGCGGCACCGCGGCUCAGUCUCCGUCGCUCCGACCCGGCGAAACAUGAAGACCCACCUGCGGAGGCCGGUCGCUAUGGCGCCGCUGCUGUUGCUCCAUCUGUUAACGCUACGAGCGGGCGUCGCAGACACGGUAACAAAAUUUCCGGACGUCAAGCGCACAACUCCCGACGAAAUUAUCCUGGAGGAGGUGAUCAUCAGCGGGAGCGGUAACAAUACCCGGAUAACCGCGAACGCGCUGGCGGAGGAGCCCUCGAAGCUCGGUCGCGAGAUCCUCGCUCUUCUGUCGAAGCGCGAGGCGCACAAACGAAGUUUGCUUUCAGAUCAGGACGUGGGCGAGUCACAGGCUACGACGGUCGUCCGCGUCGAGGAGGACGAGGACGAGCUGGAGAAACUGAAGCGCGUCGUGGCGAAGUACGAGCCGCAGAGAAUCGCCUCGAGGAUAGCCAAGAGAAAAAUUACAGACGCGCCCGUCGACGUUCAUGAUACACGGAAGACAAGCGACAGCAAGGUCGCAAAGUCAACAACAAGCGGACCCACGACGGAUCUCGAGAGCACUUACCACGAAGUACUGCGGAAUAUAUCUCGCGGAAUACCCCAAUUGGCAGCGAGAAACGCCGGUGUAUCGUUGACUUCGUACCUGUCCCAAUCGAUGAAGAAUCUGAGACGAAUUCCCACAGCGGAAGUGACGACUCGCACGUUGGUGGCUGGCGGCGAAACGGACAGGCCGUCGCUCUCCGCUACCAUCGAUUCUCCACACACCCUGUCUGCGUCAAAGAAGAAGAAAUUGUUACUCCAAAAGUACAUGCAACCAAAUAUCUCUCCGCGAGUCCCGCUGCAGGCGGAAUCAAGAUUCGACGAAGGGACUGCUGAUAUCACCGAAUCCUCCAAGGAACAUCUUCACGCAGCGACCUGGAAGCCAAAGCUGAAGAACGGCUCAUCGACUGAAUCGCCGUCGAGCAUUGCCGUCGAUCUGCCGGAAAAUCCGGGGAAUCGUCGCGGGUGGAACGCGGAAGCCUCUUUCUCCCAGGUCUCGCCGUCUCCAUUCGUACAGCCAUCCACCAAUCACGUCUUCAACUCGAACAAGAAGCAGCUGGGCCUCCAGAGUAACUUCAACAGUCUCCACUCACCACUGAAGCAUAGCAAAGUGCCCAGGCCGUUCUCCAUAACCGUGACUGAGGCCGCGCAGUUACUCAACGCAGCUGAUCCCACCACGAAGAUCGCCACGUACAGGAAGUCGAGCUCUUCUCCGGCAGCCGCGAGCUCGCACCAGGCUGUCCAGCCCACCAGCAUUGCCCUGCCAUUGAUCCUCCCGACGGACCUCUUCAGCAUGCCUCCAGCGCGCCGCUACGUCCCGAUAAAGCGUGCGAAUCGCGACUUCAACCCCCCGGAUGGCUUCCACGUGGCAGCCACGGCCCUCUUCACCAACUCCCCGGCCACGAGCUCCCCAGCGCCAUACGCAGCCGUGAUCGGCGCCACGAAGAGCCCCGCGGUGGUGUCUGCUAACAGCCGCCAGAGUCCGGGGUAUUACGUCAUCACGGAGAAGCCCACGGAGAGGAGGACCGUCGCGGCCACCACGACGAUCUUCCCCGCUCAAUCGCCCGCUCCCACAGUCCACAUCCUCCAACGACGGCUGGAGCCGUCACAGGACGUCACCCCGAAGACGAAUUUGGCAUCUGAACUCGUGUACGACGGCGGCCAGUCGGAGCCGAACUCGAAGCCCGGCGACGCGCUGUACAACAAGUUCGCGGACUUGUAUUCGAACACGCCCAACGCCGACGUGGCCAACGUGCUGCACGUGCAGCGACCGAAGGCGGUCGCUCAGGACUACGGGAACUUCAAGCAACCGGCGUUGCCUGUACAGGCUUCUUCUCUCCCCUACGUCACUCUGAGGCCCUUGAAGCCUGUUUCGCCUGCGUUGACCCGGCCGAUCGCGCCAUACUAUGACAGCAGCUUAUUGCUGCCGCAGCGUGCAACCGGGGGGCAACUCGGCGAAGGAAAUGUCGGGACGAGCGAGCGGUCUCGAGUCGAGGACGGGGACGAGGACGAGGGAGAGGGAGCCGCGAUCGACGAUAAGAGCGCCUCCGGGAGCUACCGAAGUCAGGUUAAUCGCGGGGUUAAUUACGAAGCCGGCGAGAUCGCGAAGGCGCCGUCGGCGGUUGCUCAUGAGGUUCGACACGACGAAGAUCCUUACCGCCCGCGGAGUCGCGAUGACGAAGAGCGCCAGGACAAACAGCCACGUGGGCUUUACGACGACGACGAUGACGACGACGACGACGACGAUGGCGGCGGAGCCGGGAACGCCCGUGACGAGGCAGACGCCGGUGAGGCGCUAGAGGGCGAGCACGUCGAGGAAGGCGGCCGAGGAAGCGAGGACGAAGAUGGCGACGGUCAUUACCGAUAUGACAAGCUCAAGUACGAUCGAGACGCGGACGAGAAGGAGCAACGUAGGAAGCAGCAACGUUACGGUGCUUCCAAGGACUACGAUCACCAGGCUGUCGAUGUUGGUUUCAACCGCAGGCUCACCGCUAGUCGCCAGCAGGAAGCGGCACGAGACUCCCGCUACGGCAAGAAAAAGCGGAAUCGGGAUCGCGAGCACGAGAAGCACGAAGACGAGGGUGCCGCUACCGAGGACACGUCGGUCACUCGCCGCGCCAAGGACCAGCGCGCUCGCCAGCGAGCCAAGUACCAGAGGAAGUGGAACCACAAUGACGAUAACACGUAUCGCGGUCAUUUGGCCAGCCCGCAGGCUGAUUCUCAUCGCCAAGCGCAGUACAGGCAGGAGUACCAGGAGACCAAUCCUCCGCACGUCCGCGCAGAAUAUCAGCAGCGACAAGGACGCGUCAAGGACGUUUAUCGUGACCCUAGGCACGAGAACAACAAGAGCCAGGGUCACGGGAACGAGGAGGAAGAGCAUGAUCAUGUGCACGGCGAGACUCAGGAGCACGCGCACAAACAUGAGGAGCAUCACGAUGGGAAGAAGCACGGUGGAGAUCACAAAUUCGAGGCGGGCGAAGGCAGCGAGCACGACGCAGAACACCAUGGACACAAGGGGGAGAAAGGUGACAAGGGUUAUAAAGUUUGGCACGAGAAUGAGAAAGCAGCGAAAGGACAUCAUGACAAGGAACACUCUAGCAAGAAGUACGAUGAAAAAGAAGGCAAAGAGAAGAAACACGAGGAGGAAGGUGGGUACCAUGAGCAUCAUGGUCACGGCGAAAAGGGGGAGAAAGCGGCGAAUUUCGAGGAAAAAGGAGAACACCAGAAAGGACACAGCACGAAGGGCGAGCACUCGGUGCACAAGAAGGACGAGUACGAGAAGAAGACGGAGUUCUUCGACGAGUUCCACGAGGACGGCGGCACAGAGAAGCACGGAGAGCAUCACCACGAGCACGAGAAGAAGAAGGGCGGCCACGAGAAGAAGGCUCAUCACGACGCCGAGCAUCACGAAGAGAAGCAUGGCAAGGAGCAUAAAUACGAGAAGGGCGGCCACCAUCAUGAGCACAAGGGCCAUAAAGUCGAUGAGGGCCACAACCAUCAUUACGAACACGGUCACCACUACGGUGAUAAGGGCAACCACGAACACGGGAAGAAGUGGAACUACGAGAAGGGCGACGGCCACAAGCGUAAGCGCUGAGCCUGGAUGGACGUGCCACGGAGGAGACGAUAGUUUCGCGACGCUCGCGAUCGUUACGGUGAUCGCGAUCUCGGACAUUGACCGCUGCUCGGGACAGAUUGGUAUCGCGUGCCGGAAUUAACAUCGGUGUCGAUCGCGUAUAAUCGCGACGUUGCAUUUUAUGUUACAUUCUCGAGGGUUGCCGACGACGCCCAGGAAUCAUCGUUGUAAUUUGCACGCAUUAAUCCUCGUCUCAGGCUGGGUUUCGUUCUAUCGACUGACCGUGCUUGUUUCUGUUUCGAUUUCAGAGAAAAGAUAAUUUGUACAUGAACUUUGUCUCCACAUGGUUGUAUACAGUGUUUGCUGUUAUCCAGAUAAAAAUUGUAUAGAUGAUCAUCCAGAUAAAGUUCUGGUAUCAACUUAUUUCUCUCUCUCUCUCUCUUUC